AUGCCCUCCUUCAAGGUCCAGUACGGUCUCGUCGCCCUCGCCUUCAGCCUGGCGCUGUCGGGCCGCUCGAUGACGGCUUCAGCGGCUUCGGUCCCCCCUUCCGCCGGUGGCUCUGCGGCCAAGUCGUCGGUCUUCGACACCGACUACUUCCAGAAUCCCAAGCAGACCGGCUCGGUCUGGCUCAGCCCGCCCACUGAUGCGGCCAAGGCUUUCGCUCAGAGCUGCAUCGCGGCGACCGACGCCUUCCUCAACCACCCGGAGACGACCAACGCGAGCUUCCUCGAGUACCGCAAGGAGAUCAAGCCGUGCGACGAGGACGACAUCAAGCGCCUGCCGUCGUUCUACCAGCAUCAAGGCGACUACGAGGUCACGGGCUCCAAGUGCGCCCUCAUCAAGCACCUGCACUUGAAGGGCAAGGACGGUCGCGUCGCCGGCAAGAACCCCGGCGACCCCCAGUGGCAGCCCCAGAGGCCCCCCGGUGUCUCGUUCUACUACCAGAACAGCAUGUUCAACACGGGCAAGAAGGGCGGCAAGCCCGACGUCUCGGCCUUCGCCGCCGUCGCCCGCUGCUUUGACGUCGAUACCUUCAACCUCCUCAUCAGCCCAGAGGAGGCCGACGUGCUGGGCUGGCAGCACCCCGUGCCGUACCAGCCGGCCGAGCCGUACAGCUCCGAGAUGUUUGACGUCUCGACCAAGGACAUGACCGACGCCGUCGCCCGCAUGGCCACCGCCUGCUCCUACACCUUCUGCAUCGCUUCGGGCCAGCAGUUCCACGCGCCCGCGGCGACUUCGCAGAAGAGUGUCAACGACGUCAGCAAGGUCUCGGACAGCACACGCGCAAAGAAGAUCCAGGAGGCUCUCGAGGCCCAGCAGGUGCUCGGAGCGCAGUAG